CAUCGACCUAGAAGUUUAAAGAAGUAGAGCUCCUCCCAAAUUUAUUGGUCACAAAAGAGAUGAUCAUUCCCCGGCUUGUGUAUUUUGUAUUUUUUUUGUUUCGCUUUUCGAAAGUUAAUAUCUUAACUUUCGAGAGUGCAUUUUUGGCAUAUCCUGUAAAAAAAAACAAAAAAAAAAGCUGUUCUAUGCGAUUCUUUCGUAAAAAACCUACGACGGACAGUUCACGCGACGAAGAAGAGCCAUUUGGUCUCUUGUCCGAUAACGACAUUGAACUUCAACAAGCCUUUAGAGGGCGACCAUCGACUUCCUCAGACACCAGCGAUCGCAUGCCUCAUCCAUCCGAAGCUGUUCCGUCGACUUCAUCAUCUCGUCGCAUAAGAAAUAACGAACGACGCAAAUACAGACGCUUGGGGCAAAUGCCCAAUGGGUGGACCUCUGUAUCAUCUAUUGGUCAUCGGAACGCGGGCCGCCCAUCCACCAGCGAUCUAGAUGAACCGCGCCCUUCAGCGUACACUGAAACUGAAAUCAAAAGUGAUCUCAAGCAUCAGAUGUAUCUGCUGUUGGAAGAACCCUCCAGCAGCCGCAGUGCCUUUUGGACAAACGUCAUCGUUUCUUUUCUCAUCGUUUUUAGUGCCGUAACCACCACUAUUGAAACGAUACCCGCAUUCCGAUCCGUUAAAAGUAAUCAAGUCUGGUUCAACUUGGAAUCCACAAUGGUAGCUCUUUUCACCCUAGAGUAUCUGAUGCGUAUGUUUGCGCAUUCAGAUUCUCUGGCGAUGCUGAAGAAAUUUUUCUUGUCUCCAAUAUCUAUCAUUGACUUUGUAUCGAUCGUGCCCUUUUACAUCGAACUCAUAGCGAAAAAAGAUACGACGUACGAAUUCCGAUUUACCAUUCUUCGGUUGUUCCGUUUACUGCGAUUAUUCAAGACUUACAAAUACUCCAAUACGAUCGUUAUGACAAUCGAAGUCAUGAUGAUUGCUCUGCGUCGUUCAGGUGAUGCAUUAUCGGCUCUUUUCUUUUUCCUUGUAACGUGUGUUGUCCUGUUUUCGACGCUGCUAUACUUUGCCGAGCGAGGUGUUUGGGAUGAAGCUUUGCAGACGUUUGUUAACACGGACGGAAAUCCGAGUGUGUUUGACAGCAUUCCUGCUGCUUUCUGGUUUGUCUUGGUCACCAUCACAACCACCGGCUAUGGUGACAUGGUCCCCAGCACAUUCAUUGGUAAACUGGUCACUUUUCCUGCCAUGAUGUUUGGUGUCUUGUUGAUCGCACUACCUUCCAUUAUUGUUGGACGAAACUUUACUCUGGUGUGGGAGGCAAUGCGGCGGCGCCAAUAUCAUUCUCAAGUAGUGGAUGGCCUCACGGAUCCACAAUUACAACCUCAAGACUUUAGACGAUCUUCGAUGAUGGAUGAUCCAUUCGGAGGUCACUAUCAUCGACCUUUAGGCGAUUUUUCAACCAAUCUAGCGCAGCAUGGCAACGAGGAGGCGAUCCUCAAUCAGUUACACACUUUAAUGGCCGUCACUCGUCAGAAUCAGGAAGCCAUUCAGCAAAUACUGCAACUGCUUCAAGAAAAAGGCUACAAUAUGCCAGUGGAUCCCGCACCAGCUUUUCAGAAGACAGUGACGCCGCCUGCUGUGCUUUCUGUGAAUCAGGCUGAUAGCCCUUCAUCCAUAGAAGACGAAACAAGGGAAGGCCAAUCUUCCCAUAUGCAAGAAGAGAUGACAACUCGAUCUAAAACGUAAAUCUUAUUUAUCCUGCAAUUGCACUUAUCCUGUAAAUACAUGAAGCUGAGGUUAUUUUUAUAUGCCAAAUAUCAUUAUAAACAUAGAAUGCUUUUUAUUAGAAAACUUAUCUGCGUCAGAGUUGUCACAGGAGCGUGGGCAAGUCCCAG